CAACGAAAUUAAAAUAUGGAGAGCAAGAAACGUUCUAGUGAUAAGAAAAGCACUGAAGUUGAUUCGAUGAGCGACAAAGAAAGUCUUUAUGUCUCUGCAAGUGAUCAGCCACCAGCAGAGAUUACAAUCAAACUUGAGAAGGAUACAAAAAGAAAGAUCACAAUUAUCAGUGAAGUUGAGAACCCAAAACGUGCUCGACGUGGAUCAGCUGAUCUUCGACGUCAGGCUAUUGUGAAUAGUGCUAUCCGAAGUGCUCAGUCUACUGCAUCUUCUCGUUCCAGAAGUAGAAGCCGAAGCAGAAGCCGAUCGACAAUGAACCAACAAAUCCGCCUUGCUCGUACUAGAUCUGCAAGUGGUGGCAAGCUGAGAAGAUCUAGAAGUGCUCGUCGUCGGUCUCCAUCAUCGUCAGCAUCUCGUUCUCGAUCUAGAUCAACUUCACGUACUCGUGCUCAAUCAAUUCCAAUUCGCUACAGAGAUCGUCCAGAAAAGAUUGAGAAACCUAUUCAACCUCUUCCUCCCCUUCGCCUCCCAACACAUUUGACCAAAAAAAGUUCAGUUGGAUCAAAAAAACUGCCACCACCGGAUUGCAUUAAUCUUCCAUCUCCUCUUUUUAUUCUCACCGAGCAACAAGUCAUUGGUGCAAGUGAAAAGAAGACUGUUCAGUUUGUGACCAAAGUUCUUUUGACUUCCAAGAAGCUCUCCCUUGAUGACCGUAAGCUGUUGUUUGCUGAAAUGGUUGAAGCUGAGUAUGUUGGAACUUCUCGUUCGUCAACAGAUUUGAACAAGUCAUCAGACGAUGAACCAGAAGAAGAGUUUGCUACGAAGAUUCACUAUUCCUCCAAAGGAAUUUAUAUUCAUACAGUGCAGAAUGUGAGAAAGAUUCGUUCGGGUAAAACUUCGUCCAUCACAGAAGAGAAGAGCUAUGCAAACAUUUGCAAGACGAAAAUCUCGGGAGAUCAUGGAAAAUCAACGGAAGGAUUUCUGAAUGUUCAAUGUUCGGAAACUAUUUCUGUUGUUGAUCAGAAGUACAUCAGAUCUGAGGAAUUUAAGAUUGGUCUUACUGGGGUUAAUGUCUCUGGAAAUGUUUCGAUUAACUCUUCCAAGACCACAUUUGAUCCAACCAAGACUAUCACUUUCAGUGAGGAUCUCAUGUUUGACAGCAAAAACAUUGGAAUCACAAUUCGUCACAGUUCUGUCGCUGAAAUGAAGGAAAUGUGGCAUCACGAAAUGGGAUCAUUUGGAGAAGAAACGUCAGAAUACAGAGAACUCAAGUUCUUCUUCGAUGAGAAAAAGAAGGAUGAUAACAAAACUGUUGGAAAAUCAGUGGUAUCUAUUCUCCAAGGAACGAAACCUUCUGCACCUCCAGCAUCAACCAGUUCAUCUUCCAAAAAUUCUUCUUCCAUCAAUUCUCCAAAGACUCCGAAUAUUUCUGGUUCUUCGCGUAGAUCUCGUUCUCGUGCCAAGAGACAUAAGGCUCUCCAAAAGAGGGAUAGUAAAACUAACAGAACUCCAAGUCCUGAUAGACAGUCAUGCAAGAAGGAUGCUCGUCCAGAUCAGGAUCCAAUCAAGUUGAGUGAGAUUAAGGUUUCAGAGCAUGUCGACUCAACGGGGAAUGAGACUUUUUAUCAAUCUUUCCCGAAAGCCACGUCCACUCCGAAAAGUCCAGCUUCUUCUCUCAACUCUUCAGUUCUUGAAUCCAAAGUGAAGAAUUCCAUGCAGAAAACUCCCGACGAGGGUCCGUCUCGGCGUGGUGCAAUGAGCAUUAGAGAGCGAUCAGUUUCAAGAAACGGUGACAAUGAAAUUGAUUUGGAUAAAAGUUUGAGCUUGAAGAAACCAUCUGCAUCGAAGAAUUUGGCCAGUUUGUUGGAAAAGAAGGAAGAGGCAAGAAAAACUGAUGUAACAUCUUCCAUGAUCAGUUCAAAACCUCCAACUUCUCCUGGCACCUCCGUCUACAUGUACAACACUGGAUCAGCCAAUUCGACUUUUAUGUCUGCUAAAGAUUUGCAUAAAGAACGUGUUGCAGCUUCUACUGGUCCCAGAUCUGCUUCAAAAUCUCCAAAAGGAACACUUCGCGUGAAGGAAACUAAAGUCAUUCGUGAAGUUCGCCAAGAAGAUGGAAAGCCACCUGAGAUUAGUGAGAAGAAAGAAGAAACUGUGAAAGAGGAAAAAGUGAAUCUGAGUGAGAGAUUGAGAGCCAGAUCGAGAGCUUCAUCUCCUGCAACUCCAACUUUGAAGAGAACAUUCAAUCAGACGGAUGAGUCGAAUAUUGUGACUUUGAGUGCAGUCAAAGAAACCCAUCAAACUUUGGAAAUGACACCAAUCAAAGUGAAUUCUGAAACAGUUCCUUCAACUUCUUAUGGACAACGUGCUUUCCCUGAGAGUGUUCAAUUGGAUAUGCUCAUUGACAAGAAACGACUUGUGCUUAAUGUUAAUUUCAUGCUUCUUGCUGAAAAACAUCCAGAAGUUGAAAUUCUUGGUUUCACAUUCAAAGGACAAAAGUUGUGGGAAAAGAGCUCAGAAUGGAAUCUCACAAGUGCAAAUACUACUAGUCAUACUAAAACAAUUGCUCGUCAAGCCAGUAACAUUUUGGGAGAUGAAGAGAAAAAAGACGAGGAGCAAAAAUAACUGGACUACUACUAGAUACUUGAACUGAACUGAUGUAUUGAGCCAUGAAAAAAUGAAUUUUUAUUG